UAUAAGAAAUAUAAUUUCUAAAGAUUUUUGUUCGCUAAAGAGGUUAGCGGUUUGAGGACGAAUCCUUAGUACAAACGUGUGGUCUAUGUGAAACAAUCUGUGAGAAAUCAGAGAUCGUAAAUCAUUCUUAUCUCGUAGGGUACACACAAUACAUAACCGAUCCUCAAACAUAUUAUUUUUAUCCUUUAUUAGAUGAUGGAGUGACCAUAAUUAGAAAACGCAGAUUGCCGAAUGACGAACAACAAGUGGUAGCGACGCUAUUGCAGGAAAAAAAGUAAUUAAAAUGUUCGAGAUCGAACGUUCAAACUAAUUUCUCUUCUAGGAGUCUCUCGCGAGAGGAGACUUCUGGAAGAUUACUUCCCACACGACACAUGGACGUCCCUUGGGCGUCCAAAGGACGUCCCGAGCUCUCCGGUUGGGCGCCCAUUUCCUGUCCCGAAUCUGUCCCAUGGACGCUCCAAGGGCGCGCAAUGGAUGCACCAAUGACCGCUCAUUUGACGCCCAUUGGGCGCCCAUUUUGGGGACAUAGGGACACGAAAUGGAUGGUCUUUGGGCAUAUUUCGGAUCUCUUCAGAUUUCGUCAACACUCAAAUGCCGCUCAUUUGACGCCCAAUGGAUAUCCAUUCGACAUCUAUUGGACAUUCAUCCGAUGCCCGUUGGGCAUCCAUUCGACAUCUAUUGGACAUUCAUCCGAUGCCCGUUGGGCAUCCAUUCAACGCCCGCGCGAUGCCUAUGGCCACGGUCUUACAGGUCCGGAAAGUUAUAUGGUGGGGGUAGGUCGAAUUUUUAAGCCAAUAAUCGUUUGUCUUUGGCCACAAGAGUCGCUGCGGUAAGGUAGUAGACAGAGACACAGAUAUAGAACCCGUGAUUUCUAUAUCUGUGUCUGUCUACUACCCUACCGCAGUGACUCUCGUGGCCAAGAGACAAACGUUUAUUGGCUUAAAAAUUCGACCUAUCUCCACCACCAAAAUUUGGCCUGACCUUCCGGACCUGUAUGUAAGACCGUGCCUAUAUGGCUGGUAUUCAUAGUCGAUUAAUUCUUAUAUUGAAGAUCGUCGUAAGUACUAUAGUAUAUCUUAUUUUGUCAUCUACCAAUCACAGAGCCGUAUUAGCAUCUUAAGAUAUUAUUUAGGACUGUCUUAAAGUAAGAUCCGACUAUGAAUACCGGCCUAUAUUUACAAUUUGGAUAGGAAUAAAGCAGAUAUUUAUAUUUUUUGCAGAUUUUGAAA